AUGUAUGAGGAGCUUUUGAAUUUUUUGUUGGCUCGGAAGAAGAGACUGUUGUCUGAGGAGGAGACGGACAGGUUGAUGGAUUUGAUUGCGAAAUCGAUGGGGUUUGAUGAGGACUUCAGGGAGCGAACAGACAGCAAGGCAUUGAUCAAGAAGAUACUGGACAAUGUUGAUGUUGAGGAGGUGGAUGCCGAUGCUGAUGAGUCUGAUAGUGUGAGGGAGGCGGUUGAUGACUUGUUUUUUGAUGAUGCAAGCAGUGAUAGUAGUGGCAUGAUGUAUGCUCCGAGUGAUUCUGGGGACGGCAAGGAUGUGAUGCUGAGUGAGAAGAAAUUCAAGCGAGGAGAGUUUAAGGGUACCCGAGGAGAGGGAGUGGGAAGUAUCGAAAAGAAGAAGAUAGUGGGGAUCAAGCAGAGGAAUGAAGCCAAUGACAAGGAGAAGAUGGUUAGCGAGGAAGCAAUUGAAGAUGCUGGAGAUGUGAAGAGAGAGUUUAAGCUUCCUGGAUUUGAAGUGGGUAAAGAAGCACAUGAGAAGAGUAUAGAUGCUAGUAUGAAUAGCCGGGAUGAUUUUUGGUUUGAUAUUGGGGACUUGAAGAAGGUGGGGAAGGCAGGGCCCGAUGUGAAGUUUUUUGAUGAGGAAGGAAAGGAGCUGUGA